AUGCUGGUUUCAUGUCUCUCCCUUCGCUCCACCACCACGCUCCUUUCUACCCUCAAGAUGCUCACUCCUCUACUUCUUGCGUUUGCGGUCCUCACGCAAUCUAGCUUUACGGCUGCCACUUCCUCAGUAACUUGGCUACAACCGCAGCGAAGCGCGAUCGUCAAGCUCUCGACCCCAGGCUAUCCCUCCAAAGAAGGAGCCGGCCAACAUGCGAUAAUACUCAAAUUCGAGCUGUCCGCAGAUAACAAGACCCUUCUCCUCGACGGCACGCCGUUCCUUCCGCUGCAAAACUACUACAUCCCUCCGCGAAUAUCAGCGUACCAUGUGCCCGACGACAUUAAGAAGGAUGCGAUAAUAGCGAUUGCGGAAAGCAGGACAGCAGGGAAGGAAUCUAUUCGUGGCCAGAGGCUGGAGCUGGACUACGACAGACUUGUAGAGGGCGAUCCAACCGGCGGCCCGCCUUACUACAACCACAAGCCUACCCUGCGUUUCCGCCUCAUGGGGCUCGGCAGUGAUGGCGCCGAUACCCUCCUAGACCCCCAAAAACAAGACAUUGUUCAAGUUUCCAUGCGAGAUCAAAACGAAGGAGGGUGGUCCAACGACGCCGCCAGCUCGUAUACAAUCGACGACAUUGAGCUCCUACCCGCUGAGAAAGUAUACGCUGAGCUGUCUACGUCGCUAGGAGAUCACAUGGGGCCUGAGGCAGACCAGGAGAAGGAAUGUACGCGGAAGAACUGGAAAUGUCCUGAUGAGGGCGUGUAUGAGGCAGGCUCGCCGUACCGGACACCGUAUCGGUUCAUCUGGCGGAAGAGGUAUGACCAGUAUGGCAGAAUUGGCUCACUGAGGCAUGCCUUUGUGGAACAGUGGGAGAUCUCGAAGCAAAAGGUGUACAAUGACCCCCGAAACUCUGCCCUGGUAGCAUUAGGCGUAUUGCUAGCCACGGUUCUGGCUAUUGUGUCAGGCCUCAAGUCGCGUGCGCAACGAGCGGCUGCUGCCAAGGAGCCCACCAAGAAACAUUGGACUGAGAAGGAAGCUGAGAAGGCAGCCCGAAAGGCUGAUAAGGCAGCUCAGAAGGCAGAAGCUAAGGAAGGAGAAAAGCACGAGCAAGUAGAAGACGAAGAGGAAGAGGAAGAAGACUCUGAAGACGAGGACGCAGCAUGGAUGUCAGAAAUGGCGGCACAAUCGGGUGAGGUACAGAUGACGGUUGACGAAACGUCGAAUCUGAUCGAUCUGAUGUCCGAUGAGGAGGGAGACCUCGAUGCCGCCGCGGCAAUACCUGCAGACAAAGCAUUGAGUAUCGAGCCCAAGAAGAAGAAGAAGAACAGCAACAAGAGAGUAGCGUUCAAAGCUGAAACAGAGGAAUAA